CGUACUCAAGGGCCCUUUUCACCUGGCCACCGCGUUGACUAGUCUUUGACUCGAAUCCAUCGCCGAAUCUCCAGCUGAACAUUCUUCCACCCUCCGGCCCCGAUAAUCGUGUCAGCAGGAGUACUGUACUUGUUCUCUGGGGGCGGCCGCUUUUAAUCUCCAUACCUAAAACUGUCCGUCCAUUUUGUUCCUGCGUUCCUCUCGGACUCUACCUUUGUUUCCUCGAGACUCACGACACUCAGAAAGCCCUCCAAUUCCAUCCCUUCCCUAGUCACUCUAUCCCUCCAGGCGACGAAGCCGACCUAAUCCCUUGGUCAGGGCAGACAAUAUCCCCCUCACCUCUUUUUGCCAUGUCCGCUCAACAAGUCAUGGGUACCUCGGCCCCUGGUGUCGCGAAGAUUGAGAAGAAGCCGGUCAAGUUCAGCAACCUGCUGCUAGGCGCGGGACUCAACUUGUUCGAAGUGACCACCUUGGGACAACCGUUGGAGGUGAUCAAGACCACCAUGGCUGCCAAUCGAAAGGACAGCUUCGCCGGUGCCAUGUCAAGAAUUUGGGGACGAGGUGGUGUCCUGGGAUACUACCAAGGUCUCAUCCCCUGGGCCUGGAUCGAAGCCUCGACAAAGGGUGCCGUCCUCCUCUUCGUCGCCUCCGAGGCAGAGUACUACGCCAAGACGUUUGGAGCCAACAACUUUGUUUCUGGCAUCACCGGUGGCAUGGUCGGCGGUGUCGCCCAGGCGUACGCGACCAUGGGUUUCUGCACCUGCAUGAAGACGGUGGAGAUAACCCAGCACAAGUUGGCCGCGCAGGGCGUGAAACCCCCUUCGACCUUCAAGACCUUUGCCGACAUCUACCGAAAGGAAGGCAUCAGAGGCAUCAACAAGGGCGUCAACGCGGUCGCGAUCCGCCAAACCACCAACUGGGGAUCUCGAUUCGGUCUCUCCCGACUGGCCGAGUCGGCCAUUCGGAAAGUGACCAACAAGGAGCAGGGAGAGAAGCUCAGUGGCUUUGAAAAGAUCAUCGCCAGCUCCCUCGGUGGUGGUCUGUCUGCGUGGAAUCAGCCCAUCGAAGUCAUUCGGGUGGAGAUGCAGAGCAAGACCAAUGACCCAAACCGACCCAAGAAUCUGACGGUCGGAAAAACAUUCAAGUACAUCUACGAAAGCAACGGCGUCAAAGGAUUGUACCGUGGUGUCACUCCUCGUAUUGGACUCGGCGUUUGGCAAACUGUUUGUAUGGUUGCUUUGGGUGACAUGGCCAAGGAGGCUGUUGAAAAGUUGACCGGUGACAAGGUCACUGCGAAACACUAAAGGCGUUUCUUCUUCGGCGGGGAGGGAGAUACAAGUGGACACACAAGACACGAAAUCUGUUUUGAAGCGUUGAACAAUUCCUACUGAAGCAUUUUUUUGAUGCACGACAAAGAGAGAAAAAAAGUGUUGGGGGUCGUGCUUGUUCUCCGAGAGCUAGAGCUGUCGAUACGACGAAACUGGAUCUGGGAUACUGGAAACUGGAACCAGUAGUUGAGUAUAUAUUGGGCGUUUUUAUUCGAAAAGAAAAAUCUCAAACGUUACAUGAAAGUGUGUUUUACUGAGCUGUGAUGGUCGACUAUUGAUUAUGGGGGUCGGUCGAACAAGAAGAUAGACAAUGGGGGCUUUUUAGAUUCAUCAAUAACAUGAUGUUUGGAUGGCCUGGAAUAUCUAUGCAGGACAUGAUUGGAUUGGUGUCCUUGAGAUUGUUCCGAUCGUCUUUGACUUGGAUACAAGAAUCUAUCUUCCUAAUGACAGCCUUUCACAUGAUGAUGGAACCCUUUGCUGUCUCUCUCUCUCUCUACCGGCACAGUUUGGAUGAAUGAGGUGUGAACCUAGGUGGGCAUGCAGGGAACUGAGGAAUCGUCAAUAGUUGGGGUCAUGAUGUUCGUGACC